GACCCUUCCACUUGCYUUUCUGAGGGAGCACUGAGACAGCUCCACACUCACCAGAGCUUCAUCAGGUGAAGAUGAAAGCAAGGUGGCUCUGCUGUCUCCUCUCUUUGCUCUCGGUGCCCAGUGUCACAGGCCAGUCUGCAGAUGUGAUUACCCCCACAGAAGUGGUCCAUGCUCUGCCYGGCACCGACGUGACCCUGGUGUGCAUCUUCCCCAAACCACACACCACCCACAUCAUACAGACACAGUGGUCCAAGGCUGGUGGCAGCCCAGAUACCAAAAUAGCAGUGUACCACCCCACCUAUGGCACCCAUUACCACAAGUUUUCUGAGGCUCCUCACAGCUUUUCGGUGUCCUUCAGCACGAGGAGGUGCUGUGGUGGGGAUGACACAGAGUCCUUGUGUUCCACCAAUCCAAAUGCCACUGAGUCCAAAUGCAGCUGGUGGGUUCUGCAUCUGAAAAAUGUCAGCAUGUCCCUUAGUGGGCACUACGAAUGCACUUUUGCUACUUAUCCCUAUGGGACAAAGGCAGUAAAAAUUCAACUUAUCGUCAAGGCAGAAGAGGAGCGGCACUACCUGAAGAAAGUGUGGGUAAACCAGACUUUAGAAAUUCCAUGCCUUGAGGAUGUGACCUCAGAAAAUUUGUCCRCUUAUCAUUUGCAAUGGCUAGUGGGUGGAAAUGGCAGGAAAGAGGAACUUGUGAGCAAGAAGCCCUUCAGCCCUGCUGUGUACAGGAGCAGCAGUGCCCUGCGUGGCCGAGCAGUCCGCCUGGCUUCAGACAGCACGCUGAUGGUUUUCCCCACAAAAAUCACAGAUGAUGGCAGAGAGUUCUCCUGCCACGUGCUCUACCACCCAGAGAGAGCCUGGAAGAGCAGCACCACUGUGAGAGUCUUUGCUUACCCUGAGAUCUCCCUUAGCCUGCAGGAGGGCUCAGCUGGCACCCCGCAGAAGCCCAGUGUGAGCUGUGCCAUCAGGAAGGUGUUUCCCAAGCCAAGCAUCCAGUGGUACGUGGACAGAGUGAGCCUGACGGAGCAGCCUGGAGAAAUUUCUGUGGUACAAGAAGACUGGCAAGACAGUGAAGGUUUCUAUGAAUUGAGAUCAACGCUGAUGCUGCAAGGGACCCAGGAGACACAUAAGACAUUCUCUUGUGCAUGUCUGUUUCCCUUCCUGGGGAAUGAAACACAGAAUAUUUCAUCAGAAGAAAUACUUGUUUCCUUCGACAAUAAGUCUAAUGAAGCCUCAUCUGAAGUUUUUACUACCACAGUUUCAGAUGACUUUGGCAAUUCAACACUUACGUCAGCUGUCAUGACAGCCACAGGAGCAUUGACUUCUACCACAGAGACAAAGGGCUACACCAGUGCCACAGCAUUYGGUGGGACUUUGAGAACAGCACGUAACCUGUCCCACAGCAUCACAGACCAGACAAUUUCAGUUCCCAGAGGGCAAGAUUUCUUAACUACCAGCAGCCCRCUGAACAAUACUGGUGACAGGAGCACCACAGUGGGUCGCUUCCCCUGGCCAGCAGUGGUGGCUGUCCUGCUCCUCGUCUGCAGCUCUCUGCUGGUUUUAGGCAUCAGGAAAUGGUGUCAGUACCAGAAGGAGAUUAUGAACAGACCUCCAUCUUUCAAGCCACCACCACCUCCAAUAAAGUACACCUCCAUGGUGGAGUCUGAUGGAAUYCCCCCAUCCUGCCAUGAACUGGAGAACCUGUGACAUCACCUACACCCCUUGUGUAGCACAUGGAAGACAGACACAGUUAAAAGGCUCAGUGAUYACAGGAGCCUGGUGUUAAUGGCCCAUAUUAAAAUUCAGAGAUCCUACAUGACAUUAAUUUUUAGGACACUCCUUUCCUCCUGAGUAACUCUACGUGUGCCUUACCUUAACGCUGUUGUGAGUGUCACUGUGAGUGUCAACAGGCUUGAUUUGAAUUGGGUGACCAACUGGGAAUUUGCUGUCUUGUCAAUGGGAGCAGAUUAACACAUCACUCUGCCAGCCUGACUGAAGAGUGUUGAAGCUUCUCCAUCUAUUAAAUGUACACAGAUGACAGCUCUGCCAUAUGGACACCACGGUUACACAGGAAACACUGGCUGAACACAAGAUUUUGACACCUACGUGAGCUGUUCUUGCAAUUAUUUUGUUUUACCGUGGACUAGCAUAACCCAACAUGUAAUUUUCUAUCACUUUGAAACCAAACAAGAAAGAAYCAGUGCCCUACACAGAAGGAAAAUAGUCUGCAUCUCUUGGCAUAGGAUUGCAGCACAGGAUCACGGAGA